AUGACAGUCCACAGGAUGCUCACCUUGAAUUUCACCAUUUUUAACCCAGACGCCUUCGUUUUGGUGGGGAUCCCAGGGCUGGAGAAGCUCCACAUCUGGAUCGGGAUUCCUUUCUUCAGCAUCUACCUGGUGGCCCUUGCAGGUAAUGGCAUCCUUCUCUACCUCAUCGCCGUGGACCACAGCCUCCACGAACCCAUGUUCUUCUUCCUCGCGAUGCUGGCCUCUACAGACCUCGUGUUAAGUACCACGUGUGUCCCCAGCACCCUGGGCAUAUUGUGGUUGAAAUCUCAGGAAAUCACCUUUCCUGGCUGCCUCACUCAGUUGUUCUUUCUCCACUUCAGCUCUUUCCUGGAAUCAGCCAUCUUGGUGGGCAUGGCCUUUGACCGCUACGUGGCCAUUUGCUCCCCUUUGAGGUACACCAGUGUCUUGACGCCUAGGGCAGUCGUCAAGAUCCUGGUGGGCAUUGUGGGUCGCAGCUUUGCCGUCAUAUUUCCUGUUGUUUUCCUGGUGAAGCGUUUGCCCUUCUGCAGGACACGCACCAUCCCCCACACAUUCUGUGAGCACAUAGGGGUGGCCCGCCUCGCCUGCGCCGACAUCUCCGUCAAUAUCUGGUACGGCUUUGCUGUGCCUCUGAUGACAGUUAUCGCAGACACAGUCCUCAUUGGUAUUUCCUAUGCUCUCAUCCUUCAUGCCGUUUUCCACCUUCCGUCCCGAGAUGCCCGCCAGAGAGCCCUGGGCACCUGCGGUUCUCACGUCACUGUCAUCCUCCUUUUCUACAUCCCCGCCGUGUUCUCGGCCCUGACUCAUCGCUUCGGCCACAAUAUCUCUCAGUCUUUUCACAUCAUGUUUGCCAACCUCUACGUAACUAUCCCUCCUGCCCUCAAUCCCAUCAUUUACGGUGUCAAAACAAAGCAGAUCAAGGACAAGGUCAUCCUUCUAUUCAUCCCUAAAGGGAUGCAGUGA